AUGGAGGUUUGUGACUAUAUCGAGUUCGGUCUCCCCGGAUCCGUGCUGUACCGGGGAUUUCUCCUGUCCGACCCUCCCGCUUCCGGCGCCACCACCACCGCACCCGGCGUCGGCACCGCGUCCAACGCCAAGAUCAGGAAUUCUCCGCAUUCCAUCAUUCAGUCUGGGCGAGGUCAGGAGGACACCACGAUCCUGCACCCGAUCUCCACGUGGAAUGACGUUACGAUUCGUCCUGCUGACGCAGCUUCAUCGCACGGCGACGGUGGAUUCGCUCUUGAAGCGGCGCCGGGCCGGGAUGAUGGGCUUAUGGCGGGCGACAGCAUUGCUAUGGUUUGCUGCACGCCGCGCAACUCGUGGGUGCAAAUCGAGGCGGCUUGUAACGAGGCGUGUCAUCCGCUGCGCGUUCGUCAGGUGGACGGUUUACCCGCUCAUUACAGUCACAAUCUCGAUUGGAACCUCGGGAUCAUCCCGCAGACGUGCUCCUGCCGCCAAGGCGACAACAUCGAAGCGACUCUUCAGGCUGGAUCUGGCGAUGCUUGUACGUCGUGCGAAAACGCAUGCGACAAUGCAGCCAGUGACACGGCGACAUCCGCGACCAUGUGCGACGGGGCGUGCGACACGCACAUGCCGUUGGAGGUGAUCGAAAUCGGGCGCGUGGAGGCUCGAGUGGGGCAGGUGUAUCCGGUGAAGCCGCUGCUCGCGUUCCACGUCGUCAGCCCCGACCUGAAAUCCUCCUGGAAGAUCGUGGCCGUCAACUCUUCGGAUCCGAUGGCUGCGGCGCUGCUAGACUCGCGAAGUGGUUACCCGGUUUGGUUGGAGGCGAAGCUGCUCGAAAUUGUAGAGUGGCUCAAAUACUACAAGUGCAACACCGUGUUCGAUCCGCCGAGCACCAUCGCGGGUCGUGAGAAGCCAGCGCCCUUGCAUCGCACCAUCGCCGCCAUCAGCGCCGCCCAUGCCGCCUGGACGCACUGCCACCGCUGCAGAAGCAGCAGCAGCAGCAGUGUUAUUCCCAUUGAUGGCCUCCCACUGAAGGAUCUGAGGCAGCUCGCAGAGCAAACAGCAUCCGCUGCUCUCACCAACGCAAUCUGCGAGUUCGCCCGCGUUCCCUUCUCCCAACCUGCCUCCGUGCCUGCCGCCGUUGCUGAUUGUGCUGCUAUUGCCGAGCCUGUGGCCCAGCAGGCUCGGAAGCAGCGCCGGUUCGGAAGGACAGGCUCGGAACCGGGCCGGUGUGUCAUGAGAAAGAAGAAGAUCUCAAUUAAGAUUGAGGAGCAAGCGGAUAACGCAAGUGAGAGUGAUGGUGGGGGUGGGGGGUGGGAGAGAGAAGACGAAGAAGGAUGGCAGGAGUAUGACUCUCCCUCCCCCAUGCGUCGCUCCUCCUCUUCCCAUCUGCGUCAACCCCUCACGCCCUCCCCCUUCACCCGCUCCGCCUCUGCGUUCCUGCGCCAACCCCUCACGCCUUCUCGUUUGCCACUUCCCCCCUUGCCGCCUCUCACCCCUCGUCGCCAACCACGCGCCUUCUCGCCCUUCUCGCCCUCCUCCUCCUCCUCCUCUUCGCACAAACAAGCGGCCUCAAGGCCAGGAUCCGAACUUUCCGGAUCUUCAAAGGGACGCGCUGAGCAGCCUAAAACUCCCAGAACGGCCAACACACCGAAAGCGCCCAACCCGCCCAAAACGGCCAACCCGCCCAAAACGGCCAACCCGCCCAAAACGGCCAACCCGCCCAAAGCACCCAACCCGCCCAACACACCCAAGAUGCCCAAAACACCCAGUGCUUCCAACACGCCGAGGACGCCAAAAACGCCGGGAAGAACGACCGAAGAAGCCAGCAGCUUCCGCAGGUCGCCAGCAGCAAUGAGCGAGCAGCCCACGACCCCCCAAGCACAAGCAGGCAACGAGAUGCCCAAGACCCCCUCCCGGGCACGAAGUGAACUGGGGCUAAUCACCCCAAGGGGACAAAGGGAGCUGGGUAAGACUCCCAAACCUGCCGUUGGUGCUGGUGCUGCUGGUGGUGGCGGCGCUGCUGCUGCGGCGGCGGCGGCGGCGGCGGCUGCGGCGGCUGCUGCUGGUGUUACUGCUGCAAGCCCACGGGACGCAAUGAAUGAAGGAGCUGACCGCAGCAGCCUGUCACCAAAGCAGACCGUGGGAGGUGCUGACAGUGGUGGUGGUGAGAGGAGCGGCAGCAAAGGCAGGAUGCUGAAAGCCGUGCUGAAGCUGUUCAGGAAGAGCCGGGGGAAAGGGCAGAGUCAGAGCCAGAGCAACAGCAGCAUGCAGAGUCCGAGUGCAGAUGCUUCAGCUGGCCGGGUCACGCCUUCCUUGGACUCCCCUUCUUUGAAUGCGCUGCAGUCUGCUCGUUCUGCUUCUACGGGCUCUUUCAGCUCUGUGGCUGCUGCUGGUGGUGCUGCUGAUGCGGAUCCUGAGACUAAUGCAGCUCGUACUGCAGCUGUUGCUGAUGCUGUUGCUGAUGCUGAGGCUGAGGCCGCUGCUGAUGUUGAUGCUGAAUUUGCUGCUGACCUUGACUAUCCUCUUGCUGAUGCCGGAGAGACACUCUUCGACCUCCCGUACUCGUCCAAUGGUCUCCAUGGUGACAUUUACGCUGACAGCACCAUGCCUCUUUCCGACAACACCGACAGCAGCAGCACGGACGUGCUAGCUCGCUUCAAGCGUGCUCUCUCUGACAACACCGAGCGAUCCCGGCCUCCUUCCGACGACAUUCUUCAUUUGGGCAGCAGCCCAAGUCUUCACGACAGCAACACUGAUGUGUUGGCUCGUUUCAAGCGUGCCCUUUCUGACAACACUGAGCGAUCUCGGCACGACUCACCACAGCACAUCCCCCAUGCUGCUGCCUCCUCCUAUGUUGCCUCGUUUGAGCAUUCAACACACGCUGCCUCUCCACCUCCACCCCCAGAUGCAUAUGGGCUCUUUGUCCCCGGCCUGCCCCACUGGACCAAGCGGUCGCUCCCUCGCUCGCUGCGCAUCUCCCGCUCGCUGCUCUCCUUUCAAGAGCGCGCCCUGCUGGAGCACCGCCAGGAGACUGCCCUUCUGCAGGGUACGGCAGAAGAGGUUGAUGAGAAGAGACAAGGAAGCAGGAGUGUGCGAGUGAAGAGUGAGAGCUCGCUGCUGUCAGCAGCAGCGGCGGCAGUGGCAGCGCCAGUGUCACCCGGCGAUUCGAUCCGGGCGGCCGUGGCGGUUUACUUGGCUUCCAGAGAGUUCUGGCGGCCCCCCUCCACCCCCAAGCCUGUGAAGCAAGCCAAGGCGUGCCUCCCCAUGUACUCCCCCCCUGUGCCGCCCAUCGGCCUGGAGAAGCUGAUCGAGGCCGGGACUGGGGCAGGUGGGACUGGUGGGUUUGCUGGCUUUACUGGGUGGGGGUUGGGUGCAGGCUGGUGGGGUGCGAUAGAGGGAGUGGGGGAGGAGAGGAAAGAGGGGACGUGUGAUGCUGGGUGGCUGGGGUUUGAAGGGUUGGUGGAUGCGGCACGGGGGAUGAUGUGGGGGGGAGGAGGAGAUGAAGGUGGGGAGGGGGCAAAGGUGAUGGGGAAAGAAGGGAGUUUGGGUGCAGCUACAGGGAAGGAGGGUUUGAGAGACCAGAAAGAAGGGGGGGAGGCAGUGGAAGGAGAAGAGAAGGGGUUGACUGUAGAAAAGGAGGAAAAUAGUUUUGGUAAAGUGGGUGAGGAUGGGGAUAGUGGGGUAAUCGCAGGAGAUGGAGGAGCGAGAGGGGGUGGGUGA